AUGGACGAACUCGCGCACACACAAGCCAAGCACAACAUGCUCAAGAACGCCGCGCAGAGCGAGCAAGAAGUCACAGACGCCGGCCCAUCUGGAUCGGGCGCGCAAGAAAGAGUAGCAGACGAAGAGCCCCGUGAACCAGAGACGGGACGCAGACGACGACGCAAAAAAACAUAUAGCCACGCGCACUUCAAAGUGUACAAAAGACGAUGGUUCGGCCUAGCGCAGCUCGUCCUUCUGAAUGUCGUCGUGAGCUGGGACUGGCUGACGUUUGCGCCCGUGUCGACGCGCUCGGCGGCGUACUUUGGCGUCUCCGAGACGGCGAUAAAUUGGCUGUCUACUGCUUUUAUGUUCGCGUUUGUUCCCGCAUGUCCGUUCGUUGUGUAUUUGCUGCAUCGUAGUCCGAAGGAGAGCAUUCUGUGUGCGUCGGUGCUGCUGCUAAUAGGGAAUUGGAUCCGGUAUGCAGGAACAAGGGCGAAUACCUUCGGCGUCGUCAUGUUCGGGCAGAUAUUGACGGGGCUGUCUCAGCCGUUUGUGCUCGCGGCGCCGACGCGGUACAGUGACAUGUGGUUUACAGAGCGGGGGCGUGUCGGCGCAACCGCGCUGGCGAGUUUGGCAAAUCCAUUUGGGGGCGCUCUCGCUCAACUCGUAAACCCCUUCUUCGGCUCCAUCCCACAGACCGUCCUCAUAAUCUCCAUAAUCGCAACCGUGGCCUGCAUCCCCUCGCUCUUCAUCCCCGCCUCGCCCCCCACACCCCCAACAGCCUCCUCCUCACUCUCGCGAACCCCCCUCCUCGUCUCACUAAACCACAUGCUGCGCUCCCCACCCUUCUACAUCCUCCUCCUCACCUUCUCCAUCUACGUCGGCUUCUUCAACGCCUUCUCCUCGCUGCUAAACCAGAUCCUAUACCCAUACGCCUUCUCCGAAGACGAAGCCGGAAUCUGCGGCGCGAUUCUAAUCGUCGUCGGCCUCGUCGUAGCUGCCAUCACAAGUCCGGUUCUGGAUCGCACGCACGCCUACCUCCGCGGCAUCAAGCUUCUGUGUCCGCUCAUCGCCGUGGCGUAUCUGGCCAUGGUGUGGGCGCCGCAGACACGCAGUAUCGUCGCGCCGUACAUCAUCGCUGCGUUGCUGGGCGCGGCGUCGUUCAGCCUGCUGCCCGUUGCGCUGGAGUAUCUGGUGGAGAUUACGUAUCCGGCGAGUCCGGAGGUGAGCUCGACGAUGUGCUGGGCUGGGGGGCAGACGCUGGGCGCUGUGUUUGUGGUUGUUAUGAAUGCGUUGAAGGAUGGGCGGCCGGUGGAUUUGGAGCAGGUGCAGAGCAUUGGGAGUGAAGGGGAGAGACCGCCUGGUAACAUGUUCAAUGCGUUGGUUUUUCAGGCUGUUGUUGCGCUGGCCGUGUUGCCUUUGCCGCUGAUGCUUGGGAUUAAGAGGCUGGGCUUGGCUGGGGGGGAGGGGCGGUUGAGGGUUGAUGAGCAUAGGGAGGGGAGUGUUGGUGGGGAGUCGGAAGGCGGGGUUGGGCAUGAGCAAUGA